CUUCUCUCACUGCUUCUCCCAUUCAACAUCAACGUUCAUUCCUAGUGAAUUUGAACAUCGAAUCUAUACAAAUUCUAGUAUCCAAGUAACAUUUAAAACACAGGGACAACAAUGGCGGACCAACUUGUAACAGAACAAGUUGCCGAGUUCAAAGAGGCUUUCUCUCUCUUUGAUAAAGAUGGAGAUGGAACAAUCACCACCAAAGAACUCGGUACCGUUAUGAGAUCUUUAGGUCAAAACCCUACCGAGGCCGAAUUGCAAGAUAUGAUAAACGAAGUCGACGCGGAUGGUAACAACUCGAUCGACUUUGCGGAAUUCCUUACUUUGAUGGCUCGUAAGAUGAAGGAUACCGAUUCUGAGGAGGAAAUCAAAGAGGCUUUCAAGGUGUUUGACAAGGACGGUAACGGUUACAUCUCUGCCCAAGAGCUCAAACACGUCAUGACCAAUCUGGGUGAGAAGCUCUCAGACACAGAAGUGGAUGAGAUGAUCCGGGAAGCGGACAAGGAUGGCGAUGGUCAGAUCAAUUAUAACGAGUUUGUGCAGAUGAUGAUGGCGAAAUAAAUCCUCCAUUUGAUGGUCCGGCGUAACGACGUGCAUCUUGAUCUGCAUGCUGCGUGCUGCAUGUUGUGAUCAUGAAUGGUGGAGGUUGGAAUGAUGGAAUGUUUGAACUCGUGAAGGUCUUUUCAUGUAUCCUUCGAAUAGU